AUGAAUGAUAUCUUUUUAUCAGAAUCAGAAUCAUUUGUAUCAGAAUCUGAUGUCGAACUAGAUGCACCAGAUUAUUUAUCUCCUAAACCAUUUAGUUUUCUAUCAAGUUCUACUUCAUCUGCAAUUCCUUCUCCUGUUAGACCAACUCCAAAUCAGAAUAUCAUAGAUGAGAAUACUACACCACCUGAAAUUUGUGCAAAAAUGAAUUCAAAUUUCCAAAAACCUUCAACAAUUACAAAUUUUUUAGAGAAAAAACAAAUUAUUCCGACCAAAUCAUCUGAAAAGCCGAAAACUGUCAAAGCGAAUAACUUUUCUAGCGAUGAUUCUCUUGAAUUAGAACUUUCUUCAGAUAAUUAUUCUUAUACGACUUCUACCACGGAAACAACAUCUUCUAUACAGAAACCGAAUAAGCCAAUUAGAUCUCCACCGCGUAAGAAAUUCAAUUACAGGGCGAAACAGUUCAAAUUAACUCAAGCAGAACAUUCAAGUGAUGACGACGAGGAUGAAGAAGAGGAUGUAAUGAAUAGUUCUGAUAGACGGUUUAUUGCGGAUUCCAGUACAGCUUCACAGUCCCAAAUCGAUUCUACAACUCUUUAUCGAUUAAUGGACAUUUCCCAGUCAUAUGUUCCAAUGAAAAAGAGAAAGGAGCCAAGGAGAGUUAAUUUGUUGAACGAAUACUCUCCUUCUCAAUCAGAAAAAGAGUCUGAACUUGAAAAUGCAUGA